AUGGCUACAAACAAAAGACGGAAGAUCGAUGCUGCAGAGCAGCCACAAGCCCAGAGCGCUGUCGCCCGACUGAGGAACCUCCGCAGUCAAGCAGUGCCAUCGCCAUCUCCUGUGCACACGGAGAGUCCAGGCCAACAAGCACAGAGCAUAGCAGCCAUUGAAUUUCAAGCGUCACCAACGCCUAAAACACCAAAGAAGGCACGGGCUGCAAAAACCACUUCGGCCACGCAAGAAGCAUUGCCCCCAGAUGACAAUCUGCAACCCGAGACAGGCGGUGCAGCGACGCCAUAUGCACCACGGGGUGACGCCGAGUUUCUUGCAAAGAGUCCACCUCUGCAACAAACCCCGGUCGUUCAGUUUUCCAGCUUUGCCCCCAACAAAAGCAACUUCAAGAAGAAACCCGCCGGCAGGUUGCAGUUGAGACUGUCCGAAGGAGAGCGUCUGGUUGUUUUGGGCAGUUACGGCAUUACUGUCACAAGUGGUGAAAUCACUUUCCAAGGUGCUAUACUGCGGUCUGGCAUCAAGACAAGAUGGGUCCACGCACCACACUGCCAUGCCUUACCUGUCAUCAGGUGUCCAGAAGAAGCAACAAUAGAACUGCAGCCAUGUGCCGCCGCCCAGGGCCUGAGGCAAUUAGGCAAGCUAUCACCCCUCUUUCGCAAAUUAUGGAAUGAGUCCUCAACAAUGGGAGAUGCUACCAGCGGAGAUUCCACAUUUACUAUUUUGUAUACCUCUGCCGACGGCCCUAGGAAGGUACUGCUUGCGGAUCUGAAGUCUCCGCCGGAAUGGAAUCGCGAAAUCGACAAGCUGCUCAUGGCCUCCCGCUCCAAACCCUUGUCUGUUAUCGUCACGGGCCCAAAGUCAGCGGGCAAAUCCACUUUCGGCAGGCUGCUCUCUAACCAACUCUCAACUGAUAGGUCGGAUAAGCGGAAGACCAAUUCCAUUGCAGUUCUUGAUCUCGACCCAGGGCAACCCGAGUAUGGUCCGCCAGGCCAAAUCUCACUUGUAAAGGUCGCUGUACCGAAUCUGAGCCCAUCAUUUUGCCGGCCCCAACCAAUGUCCACGACUGGCUCUGACGUCAGUGUAAUACGUUCACACACGCUGGCAUCUGUGUCACCCGCGUCAGAUCCAGAUCUCUAUUUAGCAGCUGUGACUGACCUCAUAACUCAUUACCGUAACAGACUUGCCAGUUCUUGUCUGAUUGUUAAUACUCCAGGUUGGAUUCAAGGGACGGGCCUAGACUUGCUCACAUCUGUCAUCGGAUUGGUACGGCCCAGCCACGUCAUCUACAUGGCAUCCGGCCCUCUCGACGUCAUCGAAACCCUUCAAAGCAGCUUCAAGAACGGACUGCUCACUACACUCCCGUCGCAAACCACUCAAUACACAACGAGAACCGCUGCACACUUGCGUACCAUGCAGACCAUGUCGUAUUUCCAUAGUGAGAUCCAAGCAGGUGUGCAAAUGUGGAAUGUGAAACCACUAUCCGCGAUUCCACCUUGGCAAGUGCAAUAUUCAGGUCCAACGCCUGGGAUACUGGGUAUUAUGUGUUAUGACUACCAAUCACCAGCCAACAUUAUGGCAGAUGCUAUCAAUGGAACGAUACUGGCAAUGGUCGAGAUUGAAAGCCUCUCCGCUAUUCUUACCACAUCCAAUGAAGUGGACGACUCGCUAGAGGCUGGAAAUAUGGGCAUGGACGAUGAUAAGGCCGAUUCUCUAAAUAAUGUGCUUGCCGACAUAGUCACACACACACCAGAGAACAUUCCAUUGAUUCGGUCUGGGAUAACCCUCGAUCCGAAACAUUCCCAUACGAUCGGUCUAGCCUUACUUCGUGGUGUUGACAAGGUUAAUCAAGUCUUUCACAUCUUGAGUCCCGUGCCCGACAAGCAAAUCAAACAAAUCUACGAAAAGGGAAACCAUAUUGUUCUAGUUAGUGGAAAGCUUGACCCUCCAAGCUGGGCCUACACGGAGGAUUUGUACAAUCAGACCUCCAAUGCCAGCGAGGAUACCGUUGAUGAACAGAUGGACAUCAUAGAAGAAGACGAAGCACUAGAUUCAGAUCACGAAACGACCAACGAAGAUCUCGACUCAGCAUCAAUGCCGACACCAUGGAUCGAAGUGCUUCGUGCCAACCAGAAACGUGGCACCGGGUCUCAGGUUUGGAGAGUCCGACGAGAUUUGGGCCGGAACAACGCAAACUAA